AUGGGGAGAAGACGGCAGCAAUAUGCCCCAGCAUCGCCCAACGCCGUCAGUACCUCUAGCUCCCCGGAUUUCCAGAAAGCCUACUGCCGUGCUCAGAGGGAUCCUUACUUUUACAAAAUUUUAAAAGUACACAUGAACUUUGAGAAAAGAGUAGAAGGAAAUGCAAAGAUUUUUCGACAUGGCGGUGUUUGCGGAUUUGGACCUACGGUGGGCUAUUCAGUUGUUGCCAUCAAUCAUGUUGUUGAAUUUAAGGAAAAGAAACAGGAAAUUGAAAAACCAGUAGCUGUUUCUGAACUCUUUACAACUUUCCCAAUUGUACAGAGAGCAACUUCCUCAAGAGUCCGGCUGUAUGAUAUCGUUGCCGUUUUUCCAAAGACAGAAAAACUUUUCCAUGUUGCUUGUACACAUUUAGAUGUGGAUUUAGUCUGCAUAACUGUAGCAGAGAAGCUACCAUUUUACUUCAAAAGACCCCCUAUUAAUGUGGCAAUUGACCGAGGUGUGGGCUUUGAACUUGUCUAUAGCCCUGCUAUCAAAGACUCCACAAUGAGAAGGUACACAAUUUCCAACGCCCUCAAUUUGAUGCAGGUCUGCAAAGGAAAGAAUGUAAUUAUAUCUAGUGCUGCUGAAAGGCCUUUAGAAAUAAGAGGCCCAUACGAUGUGGCAAACUUAGGGUUGCUGUUUGGGCUGUCGGAAAGUGACGCCAAGGCCGCAGUGUCCACCAACUGCCGAGCGGUGCUUCUGCACGGAGAAGCUAGAAAAACUGCUUUUGGAAUUAUUUCCACGGUGAAGAAACCUCGGACAUCAGAAGUAGAUGAUGAUUCUCUUCCAGCCUGCAAGAAAGCCAAGUGUGAGAGCUGAAACGAGUCCCCCUGUCUCUGUCAACACUCCCUUCUGCCUUUUGAGAAUCCAUCAGCCACAACAGAAACGGAACCUCCGUAUGAUUCACUAUUUUCACUUGGAGCUAGAUACUGGUAGUCUAUAAAAGCAGUCUUAUAUUUAAGCCAUUAAAAUAACAAAACCUAGUAAAGCAUUUAAAAAAAAAAAAAAAGGCUGCCCCCAUAAUGAAUUUAGAUAUUUUAAGAGAAAAGCAAAGACCAGUUCAUUUAUCCUUUCUGUUAAGUGAUAAAUGGAAGGUAUAAUUGAAUAAGAUGUUUCAGUAUUUCAAGAAACUCUUUAAAAAUGUUUCUUCGUCAUUUAAAAGUUCAUGCUUUUCAGCUUUACUUGAUAUACAUGGCUUAUUUUUUAAUUUUACUACUCAAAAAGUGGUUAUUUUGAGGACUCUUAAAACUUAUGUUAUGGGGUUGGCUUUUGGUUGAUCUACUCUUGCUUUAAGCCUCUCUUUCAUUAUAGUCAUCAAGUCCAAGUCCUUUCUAAAAGGAAUUGCUAUAAAAUUUGUGGAAGAAAAGGGAAAGUGCACGUAAAAUCACACUUGGCCUCUUCCUUUGCUGCUUCUUACCUCCGUGAUGUCCUUGAAAUAGGAUUCCUUUGAGUUGGAAGCCUCUGAAAACCUAAUAUUGAUUUUUCUAAUUGCUAUAGUAAAAAUCUCAAAGCACUGGACUCAAUCAACUUUGGAAAUAAUUUUUUUAAUAACAGGAUCAUUAUAUUAAGGAGAAGUAGCCUUUUUUGUAAAUAUCUGUAUUUAUACUAUAUUGAUAUUAAGAACAUCAUUUAAAUGAAGCUAAGAACACUGUUCUGAGAGUCAGAGAAAAGAUAAUUUUAAAAAGAGAAAGCUUUACCCCAGCCUCACUUAUGAGUUUAGAUCCUUAAAUAAGAUAUUGGUAAAACAGAGUAUACCAUAACCGGGUGAGAUUUAUUCUAGAAAUGUAAGGAUUUUUCAGUUCUUUUCAAUGUACUAUACUUUAUCAUAUUAAUAGGUCAAAUGAAAAAAAUCAGAAUCAUCUUAAUAGAUGCCAGUAAGACAUUUGAUAAAAUUUAAAGUCCACUCCUGAUUUUAAAAAAAUAAACAAGAAUAAAAACCCUUG